AUGACGGGAAAAAAUGAUUUUUCAUUGAUUUGGGUGCAUCCUAUUGUUCAUGUUGAUGUGUCAACAUUCGAGGUGAAAAAUGUUGAUGUGGCAGUAUUUGAUGAAGCAUCAAAACCAGAGUUCCCUGCAACUUCAGAAAGAAAUGUAAGGUUUCGAGAUCGUGAAGAUUGCAUAUUACUCAGUCUCAAAAACGCUCAUUCCUUCCACGGCAGCAGAAGAGAACGUGGUGGUGUGGUCAUGGGAGCCGCCGGGGCCGGAAAGUCCAGGCUAUCCAUCGACCUCGCCACCCUUUUUCUUGCACAAACCAUCAACUCCGACAAAAUGCAAGUAUACGAAGGCUUUGACAUAGUCACCGAUAAGAUCACCAAGGAGGACCGACGAGUGGCUCCUCACCAUUUGUUAGGAAUUGAACAGAGAGCCCGGCCCCAUCUCAUUUCACAGUCUGCCCUUUCCGUAGACGCGUUAAUGCCCGUGCUCGAUCACUUCUUGGCCAAACGGGUCGAUCAAAUGUUGAAGAGUGGAAUGGUAGAUGAAGUGAGACCAUUUUUCAGUCCAAAGGGAGACUAUUCCCGAGGGAUUAGAAAAGCUACCGGAGUUCCUGAUGAGUUGGAUCAGUAUGAUCCAUUUUCAAAUCGAAUCAUUUAUUAG